AUCAAACCAUAGACAAUUAACAAACUGAAAUGAAAAUGUCCGUCUAAUGAUACGUUUUAUCUUUAUUUUGUGACUAUAAUAAUCGUUGGUUGCGAUGUUGAAUAUUUGCUUUGGGAGUGUAUAGAAUCCUAAAGCUUUAUAAUAUCAUCAAAAUGAUUGUCCAAGAACCUAUACAGGUUAUCAUUUGGGAUUGUUUGAACAAUUAUGAAUAUGACAACGCUAUAUUCUUGGCCGAAAGAUUACAUGCUGAAGUUGGAUCAGAAGAAACAGCUUUCCUUUUGGGAACAUGCUACUACAGAUGUGCGCGGCUGAAUGAGGCUCACCACUUGCUACAAAAUAUACCACUGACCAUACCCCAGGCGAGGUUCCUUCUGGCAAAGUGUUCUAUAGAAUUGAAAAAUUACAAAGAUGCAGAAGUGGUAUUGGGAUCCAACAUUGAGAUGGUGGCGUCUGAAUUUGGGGAACAGGCUCCAUAUGCACUGCAACUCCUCGCCCACAUCUUCAACAUCACAGAGAGGAGAAGUAAAGCCACGGACGCACUCCGGAAGGCUCUAUCACUCAAUCCAUUCAUGUGGAGCUCUUUUGCGGAUUUGUGUAAUUUAGGUGUGAAAGUAGAUCCACAUCAAGUAUUCCAAAUGAAUAACACUGACUUUUCAUUUGGUGUGACCACAUUUGUGAAUCUAGUCAACAACUCUGAAAAUAUUUCAUUUGUUAAUAGCAACAUUCCUAAUAAUACUAGUAUCAGUAUGAAUGCUAAUGUGACUCCAAUGAAUAAUGUGGCUCCUCGGAGUCCUAUGACCAUGUCCACCAGCAUCACACCCGAGACGCAGGCCCCUGUGAAACGUAUGCACAGUGUCUUUAGUGGGCUAGCACCAAUACAAUUCUCCCCCUCAUUUGGUAUGUUACCAAUGGAAGAAUCUCCCGUUUUGUAUACUCCCACACUCACCGACUCAAAUGAGCAAAAGGCCAUACCUAAAAUAGUAAACUCCUUAAGAGCACAAAUGGGGCAGCUAAAAGAUGCAGUAUUCAGUCCUACACCUAGAUGUACGUUGGGCCCGGCCCCUCGGCGGUCAUCGCGGCUAUUCAGCAACAACAGUAGUUAUUCAGUUAAAGAGAACAACAAAUCACCGAGCAGAAAGUUUGUAGCACCUAAAAGUCCGUCUAGGAAAAAUAAGCAGCGGACUGCUAAAAACAACAUCAAAACAAAUUCUGUUGAAACUAAUGAGAGGUCGAAAUCUAUAGAAACAGUAACACCCACUCUUACGCCAAAGAGCUCUAAUGGAGUAGCAUUAUUAAAUUUAAUGAGAGAGUUAGGAGAUGCUUACAAGGCAUUAGCAUUCUUGGAUUGUAAAAAUGCUAUCAAACUAUUUCAAGAUAUACCCGCUAAGCAGUUAGCAUCACCGUGGGUUCAGACUAUGAUUGCUCGGGCACAUUAUGAGAUGGCUCAGUAUGAAGCUGCAGCAAAAGUAUUUGCAGAAAUAAGGAAAACCCAUCCUUGUCGGACUGAAGGAAUGGAUAUUUAUAGCACUUGCCUGUGGCACUUGCAGCGCGAGGCACAGUUGUCUGCAUUGGCUCAAGAGUUAGUAGAAAUGGAUAGGAGCGAUCCUAUUGCCUGGUUGGUAUCCGGCAACUGUUUCUCUCUUCAUAAAGAACGAGAAACUGCUCUUAAAUUCUUUAAAAGAGCUGUUCAAAUGGAUCCCUACGCAUCUUACGCCCAUGCUUUAUUAGGACAUGAGUAUGCAGUAGCCGAGGAAACAGAUAAAGCACUCGCUAGCUUUAGAACUGCAGUCAGUAUUGAUCCCCGUAAUUAUGUAGCGUGGUUUGGUAUAGCGACGGUGUAUGCGCGACAGGAGCGUUGGAAAGCGUCAGAAGUUCACAUACGGCGUGCGCUGACCAUUCAUCCCCACUCGGGAGUCUUAAGAUGUCAACUAGGGCUCGCUCAGGCAGCUUUAGGUAAAAUGGACAGAGCCCUCUCAACACUAGAGCGGGCCGUACAACUGGACACAGAGAACCCCCUGUGCAGGUUCCACAGAGCAUCGGUCUUGCUGCGCGCUGGAAGACCGCAAGAUGCAUUGGCAGAUCUACAUCACUUGAAGGACAUAGCUCCGAGAGAAUCAUUAGUAUAUUAUUUACUUGGCAAGGUUCAUAGCGAGCUUGGUAACAAGCACUUGGCACUUAUGCAUUUCAGCUGGGCGACAGAUUUAGACCCGAAAGGCACGGGAGGUCACAUCAAAGAAGGCUUCGAUCCAUCAAAGCAGGAGGACCCACCAGAGAGAUCGACUUAGUUCUCUGCUGGUAAUGAACGCCGAUGACAGGCAGGCGCGUUGACUGAUCCAUGUAAAUAUCGCGCUCACCGUUCGAGCUCUUAUCGACACCAAAUCUUCCAAAUAUAGCUUUAUGGAGCUUGAUAGGUGUGUGGUGGCAUUUAGCUGCUAUAGUAGUAAGGGCGUAUCUGGAUUUGUUUAUAUGUAUAGUAUAAGUUGUGGAUAUUCCUAAUGACAUCCUAGAUUAUGUAACUUGUAUAUCAAAUUGAACUCCUAAAGUAUGCAUAUAAUUUAUAAAUGAUGCUUUUGAAAGAUCGAAGAGACUCGGGGCCUUGAUCUCAAAUGAAGUUAAUUCGACGCUGUAUGAAAAUCGAAUAAUGAUGCAAAUAUUUUUUAUUUAUUAAUGCCAUAAAAAUUCGUGAUACUGUUAACCGAGUGCUACAACCAUGUUGUUUGGGGGUUUGUGUAAGUAUCUUCUUUUGUACAAAGGCAGAGUGGUGUGAUACCAGGCCCCUGGUUCACCAACUGACAAUUGUCUGAUAUUGACAAUU